ACCUAAUUUCGGAUGUGUGUGUACUACUGCGUCACGUUUUGACACAAGGCGCUGUCAAAAUUUUCAGUCAUCUCGAGUGAGGCAAACGACAAAAGUUAGAAGAAAAAUCCUCCAGAAUUCGCGCAGAAAAUGGCUGCAUCGGGAAAACUUUCGGUUCUGGCUCGCCAGCUGAGCACCAGCUCGGCCACCGCCCAGCUCGUUAAGCCACCGGUACAGAUCUUCGGACUGGAGGGUCGUUAUGCCUGCGCCCUGUACUCGGCCGCCCACAAGACCAAAGCGCUGGAAGCCGUCGAGAAGGACCUGAAGGGUCUGCAGAGCCAGAUGCGCUCGGAUCCGAAAGUGCGCGAUCUGCUGAUCAACCCGACGAUCAAGCGCAACGUGAAGGCCGCCGCCAUGAAGGAGGUUUCGUCCCGCGUCAAGUUCAACGCUGCCACCGGUAACCUGCUGACGGUGCUGGCCGAGAACGGUCGUCUGGGCCGCCUGGAUGGCAUCAUCAACGCCUACACGCUGAUCAUGGCCGCCGAGCGGGGUGAGGUCGUGUGCGAGGUCAAGACCGCCAAGCCACUGGAUGACGGCCAGCGCAAGCAGCUGGAGAGUGCUCUGAAGGCCUUCCUGAAGCCCAACCAGAGCAUCCAGCUGACGGCCAAGGUCGACCCGUCGUUGAUCGGAGGAAUGAUCGUUUCCAUUGGUGAUAAGUACGUCGACAUGAGCGUCGCCAGCAAGAUCAAGAAGUACACUGACAUCAUCUCCGCGCCGGUUUAAGAAGCUACAUAGAGACGAGUCUCCGGGUGUUGGUGAAGGUGGAAAGCCGGUGGAAAGUGUUGCCAUUGCAGUAAGUGAACAGCGCUGCCACUGGAGCAGUAUACUACGAUGGCAACGCUUUCUCCAGUGAUUGUUUUUCUGAAGCAAGGAAAUCCUUGUAGUAUGAUGCAGUACAUGUGUAAUAUCGAAAGCGAAUAAAAAAACGGUAAAUAUCA